AUGAAGUGGAGCACGAGAGGCGCAUGCGCGGUGCUGUCCGGCGCGCUGCUGUUCACGUGUGCGCUUGCGGAGGUCGCUGUGGGACUUCGCUGCAUGACGCAGGGCGCAGCGGUGAUGACGCACUUCCGACUGAGUCGCACAGCGGGAGCAUUCUACUCCGGAGCGCUGGUGAGCGGCGGACAGUUGCUGUUGGCGCUCGCGCUGCUUUGCUGCUCUACGCGUGCGCACCGCUGCCGCAACCUGGCGCUCGUGGCUGUGGUGGUUCUGCUGCUGGGGAUCCUCACCGCGUUCUCCGGAGCCGUGCUGGACGGAGACGCAGCGGCGCUGGUGAAGAGGAAGUACACGCACUUCUGCCUGAGCACCCAGGAGAGCAGAGUCUGCACACACCUGCGUGAGUACCAGCGCAGCCUGGUGCUGUCCACGGCGCUCAGUGCACUGGAGUGUGUGCUGGGACUGCUGCACCUGCUCGCCAUCAAGCGCUACAAGGCGGCGCAGUUCAACCGCCGGCAGUUAGAGCGGCAGCAGACACAUGAGGCGCUGUUCAGCGAGGAGCGCGAUGCUCCGCUGCCACAUGUGUCCUACAUCAACCUCGCAGUGAGCGUGUUGGACGAGCCGCACGGAGCAGAGAGCCACUACAGCGCGUACCCCUCACUGGAGCUGCCAGGGUAUGCUCCUGUCAACACUGCACCUCCUUCACAUAGAGACCAGCCGCCCGCAUACGACGACAUCUAUCCCUCGCACCGCUGUGGGCCGCACCAGCAGGAGGCGCUGUGUGUAGUGCGAGCAGCGAGUGCAGCCAGAGGAGCUCGUGACGCUCGACACAGAGACACUCUGUAG